AUGGCAGCGCCUAAAUUUGAUGAAAACGAUGCGCUCGAAUUCUCACCUUCGUUCAGAUCGUCAUUUGAUUUGAUUCAAGAUGCCACAUAUAUUCACCAAGAUGAAUUAUCCUUCUCACAGUUAGAUAUAGCUUCUCCACACAUGCCGCCACAUCAUUAUCUGGCGGAUUCAGAAGACGAGAUGGAAGAGAGUGAUAUUGAACAAGAUGAUUACAUCGACUUCCAAGUUUUGAAUAAUAGACCCCCUUCAAGGUUAGGCAGACCACUUUCCCCCUCCCUUCGUAAGUCGACCAAGAUUUCCAAGAGGAAUGGUCCUUCGGUGGAUAGAAUAAAAAUGGAAAAUGCUUUUUUGAAAAAUCAAAACAAUAAACUCGCCCAAGAACUUGAGCAAUGCAGGUUAACGAUUCAAGCACUUAAAAACAUUGUAGGUCAAAAAGAUAUAGCGUUGCAAAAUGUUCGCGCCGAGAAUCAACAAACGAAUUUAAAAACUAAAGUGUUGGAGGCUUUAUUAUUAAGUAAACACGCUAAAGAUGGUAGUAUAAUUAUUAGAAGCGGUGGUAGUGAUAAUAAUCUCAACAAUCUUUCUUCACGUCGGACGCCCCCCAUAACACCGCCACAAUCACAACAAACUCCUUUGGUCUUGCAAACGGCGGCCGAUGCUUCAGAUGAUAACGAUUUGUUACCUCCCCCCCUUCCGCCAAAAAGACAAAAUCGUCAUAUCAGGAGAUGGUCAAUGGAUUUUGGACCGAAUAAUCGAUUGGGGUGCGACGAUGAAUCAUUGAACUUUGGCGACGGUAACGAAGCUUCGUUUGAUGAUCGUCAUACGAUGUUGCCACCGUCCACGUCGGUUACACCAACGUCAUCCACCCUCACACCAACCAAUGAUCACGAUCUACAACGCAGUAUUCCACAGAUUCCACGUCUCUUGAGACGACGAACGGGAGACAUCAUCCAAUCACUGGCUUCAUGUCGUCCUUCAUCGACCAAGAAUGGUUACGAUUAUUCCCCGCCAUGCACCCCCUCUACUGACAGUAGCGAUGAGAACGAAUCGGUGAUGGAUGAAAAGUCGGCCAAUAGAAAAAAGUCCGCUCGCAAUUUAUCAAGAUUUCGUAAAAUCUUUUUACGCUAA